AGAAAAGGUCCGUGGGAGCGGCGGUGCCGGGUGCGGGUGGCGGGCGGCGGAGCGGGAUGCGCCUGACUCAGAGUAUGUGCACCAUCGCCGAGUGCGCGCCCGGCGGGGACGGCCCCGCCACCGCCCGGCCCCGCCUCGUCAAGAUCGCGGUGGUGGGGGGCAGCGGCGUGGGCAAGACAGCGCUCGUCGUGCGGUUCCUCACCCGGCGGUUCAUCGGCGACUACGAGCGGAACGCAGGUAAUCUCUACAGCAGGCACAUCCAGAUAGAUGGAGAGAUGUUGGCCAUCCAAGUGCAAGAUACUCCAGGAGUUCAGAUCCACGAGCACAGUCUGGAUUGCAAUGAGCAGCUGAACAGAUGCAUUCGCUGGGCAGAUGCCCUAGUGAUUGUCUUCUCCAUCACAGACUACAAGAGCUUUGAGCUCCUCAGUCACCUUUACCAUCACGUUCGACAGCUGCAUCCAGGGAACACGGUCCCUGUUGUCAUCGUUGCAAACAAAGCCGAUCUCUUGCAUAUCAAAGAGGUGGAGCCUCAGCAGGGACUUCAGCUGGCCAAUAUGCUGGGCUGUACUUUCUAUGAAGUAUCUGUCAGUGAAAACUACAACAAUGUCUUCAAUGCCUUCCAUCUCCUCUGUAAAGAAGUCAGUAAACAGCAAAUAACCAGCACCCCUGAGAGGAGGAGAACCUCUCUGAUUCCACGGCCAAAAUCACCCAACAUGCAGGAUCUCAAGAGAAGGUUUAAGCAAGCUUUGUCUGCCAAAGUGAGGACUGUCACUUCUGUUUGACAGUGGUGCCCUUGGUCUACCUGACAUUUUUGCCUGAGAUUGAAACCUUGGGUAUUUAACACUGGCACAUCUAGAGUCCAAGGCAUGUGAAAGAAGGAGGAUAGUUUGAGUAGCCUUUUUCAUGGCUUUAGAAGUAUCUAAGCAGUUGCUUAAAAAAGGAACAAUGUCAGAUUGGAAAAAAAAAAAAACAACCCAAACACAAAAACCCUUGAAAAAUAGUUCUAGGAUGUUACUUGCAGAACAGGUAUUUUCCUCUGGAAAAUGAACUUUUCAGUAAAUGAAACUGUUUGUCUUUAUCCCAGUUGGACAGAUUUGGCUUUCAUUUGUGUAGAAACAACUUUUCAGCUGUAACUCAACUUGUACUUGAGCAGGGAAACGCCCUGAACCUCAGGUCACUGUUCAGAAGUAACCACUUAAGUCUUGUUCUCACGUGAAUGAAGGACACAGCAUGAUGUAUGUGUUUAAUUCUAUUGCACGGUAGAAUUGUUUGUUUUUUCCCCUCGUAUUUCAAAACAAAUAAGCAAAAAUGAAAUUGUUCUGUUAAACAACGGUCCUUUAUUUUUUUACUAGCCAUGUUAUUCGCUGACAACUUGACCAGAUUCUUUGUAUGCAAAACUAUUGUCUGCAGGGUGUAAGCAUAUCUAAUUACAAACAACUUUUUUAUGGUCUGAAAAAAGUAUUCUCCAGACUAAAUGGUCCAACAGGGAGCUUCUGAGGAAUGAGUGUGGAGUUGGAGUGAUAGUCUACUGCAGAAGCCAUUCUAAGACAUCUCUCUCUCUCCUGUGUGCAGUAGGCAGAAAAGGUGUGAAGCAGGGCUGGCUCCAGGCAAUGAAGCUGGAGCUGAGCUGAGCCAGACCUUCUUCAUUCUUAAACACAUGGCAGAUUUAUAUAUAGAAUUUUUUUUUUUUUAAAUAUUGAGUCAAUGGAGUUCACAGCCUAAGGGCCUUAUACAGAUGCACUUUAAAAAGCCAGUUGUGCUUUUGUUUAAACUGUAACUUAUUUAUUUUGUGUACAGUUGCUCCUCUUAGGGAGUGGACUUUUCAUUCUUACUGCCUUGUUCAACAUUAAAUUUUUCAAUUGCA